UAUGUCGUAUAAUGUAUCCUUCCUAUAAUAUGAAGCUGAAAAAAAUAAAUAAAUUGAAGAUACGAAAAUUUAACUCCCGACUCUCGAUUCCCAAACGCCUCUUUUUUUAAUCGAUUCCCAGCCCUAGUUCUUUACAACGAACCGACUCACAGCUGUUCACUAUUAUAGGCUCAGUGCGCUUGCGCGAGAACAUAAACUUCCUUCUGGGAUCCCGUAAAAUUGGAAAAUGAGGAUUCGUUGGUGCUGCUGCAGGUCUUUGGGCCGUGUGCGGACACACUUCAUCAUCGCCUCUAUACUGUUGCUACUUCUGGCCGGAGUCUCUCUGACCUUCUUAUUACCUAAUAAUGAGGACCUCGGCAUUCUCCUCAAGCUCCGUCAGAGCUCUAACAACUCCCUCACUCUGCUAGACCCCGAGGAUAGUUUUACUAUAAUUAUGCAAACCUAUAACCGUACUGAUAUUCUCCUCAAGCUGCUCAACCAUUAUCAGGCUGUGCCUCACCUGCAGUGCAUCAUCAUAGUGUGGAACAACCCUUUGGAGUCGCCGCCCAGGGAACUGUGGGACGCCCUCGGCCCACACCCUGUGCCUAUCAUCUUCAAAGAGCAGAGCUUCAACAGAAUGCGCAAUCGUCUGCAGCCGCACUCCGAGAUCAAGACUGAUGCUGUUUUAAUGCUAGACGAUGACACGUUGGUCAGUGUUCCUGAUAUCAGCUUUGCAUUUUCUGUCUGGAAGCAAUUCUCAGAUCAGAUUGUGGGUUUUGUUCCACGUAAGCAUGUAAGCACAGCAUCUGGAGUGUACAGCUACGGCAGCUUUGAGCUUCAAGAUCCAGACGAAGGUGGAGGCGACAGGUAUUCGAUGAUCCUAGUGGGUGCUGCAUUCUUCCAUCGGCGCUUCCUGCAGCUGUUCCAAGAGCAGCCGGGUGAAGUGCAUGCUCUGGUGGACCAAACGCAGAACUGUGACGACAUUGCCAUGAACUUUGCCGUGGCACGUCAACUCUCACAGGCGCCCGGACUCAAGCGGCCCUCUGGGGUGUUCGUGAAGCCCGUAGACAUGAGGAAUCUGGAGAAGGAAGCCAGGAGCGGGUACGUGGGCAUGUGGCACAGAGCGGAGCACAUGUUGCAGCGCUCCUACUGCCUCAACAAGCUGACACACAUCUACGGGAGCAUGCCACUCCGCUACUCCAAUAUCAUGAUCUCACAGUUUGGCUUCCCCAGCUAUGCUAAUCACAAGAGCAGGAUAUGAUGUCAGCACAUUCGAGAGACAGAUACAAUCUGAGUUCGGAGAUAUUAGAUAAACUUUUUUGGACUCAUACCAUCUCAAAAUGUACAUCUCUCCUCCAAAACCUGUUUGACUGAAUAAUUUUGCAACAGUAAUAUCUUCGACAUUUACUGCUGGUUUUAUAUACACUGAUGGUGGAUAAUUAUUAUUAUUUUUAAUGUUAUAAUAUAUUUCCUUGUUAUUAUUUGUCUUUCAUACCUCACAUAUGUCCAGUAGAUGAGUGUGA